AUGAAAUGGCAUUGCCCCAUCAUUGGAUGCAAUCGAGCCUUCAGGCUCCUCAGAGAUUUGGGCGAGCAUUUCAAUACCGAUCACAAAGGCGACAUUCUUCACGACUUGCGAGAUGGCAACUUUCGCAAGAUUGGCAAUGCCGGAAACCGCCCGCCCUACGUCGGCUACCGAAGUGACAAUCCGCCGUCGCCCAUUCCCCUCCCCCCUCCAUCGCCGCCUAAGCGUCCGGCCGCUGACAAUUCCUCCGCCGCCGUCCGUACAGCCACUCCUGGAUUGUUCUUCAAGCAGGAGUAUUCUGAUGACGAGGACGCUCGCCCAAAGGAGACAUCGUACAUUAUUCUCGACCACGAGAGCGAUGACCAUAGGUCACAGCAAGAAAGCAACUCGAAUAACGACGACCCGGACAGCGCCGAUAGCACACAUGACACCGACAGCGACUCUGACGAAAGCGAGCAUACCGAAAAAGAACACAAAGUUCAGCAGAGAGAGCAGCAAUAUCGUUCGGACAGCCAUAUUGACAGUGAUGACGACGACAGCGUCCAAGAUCGUGGCUCCGACAUCUGGGCUUACAUCAACAGUUUGACGCCAGAACCUAUCGCCAUCCCCGACGACGCAUGUAUCAAGGAACUGAUGAGGUUGCCUCUCCUUCGUGAGCUCCCCUUUUCUUGGAAAACGCGUCUUUCCAAAAAGAGCUGGGUGAAAAACUACUGCAGCCUCAAGACUAUCACCGCAAUCAUGCACUUCCUUGUCGGCGAAGACCGGGACCGCAAGGUCUGCAACGGCCUAGGUUGCGACACUUUAGGGAACGACGGUCUUAUAUCCGCGCUAUCUGAUUUUGCCAUAGGCAGCGACGCAUUCCAUGGAGAGUACGCCUUUCCUCGCUGCAUCAUGCUCCCAGACAACAUCAUGAUGUCGAAGGCCGUCAUGGAGCGGAUUGGCAUUAACCAAUGCGUCAACGCAUACUACAGACGCGGCAAAAAGGUUCCAUUUCCGGGUCUAAUCUUUCCCCGUCGCCUGGAGGUGCCUCAGACACCCAAAGGCCGUGGCAACAACCGCCCCUACAGCGAAUCUUCCGUGCUCCGUCGCCAGGCCCGACUCCCGUCGCUUUCUGUCACGCCAUCCAGAUCUCCCAAGCGCAAGGCAUCCUCCCCCGAGUACGAGGACGAACUCCCCUCGUACCGCCUCGCCAACCCUUCCUCUCCUAACAAACCCGCUCCUUGGGAGCAGUUCACCGGCUUUCUGCCACUUCGCUCUUCCCCGCCCCGCGGCCCCCGCUCCUCCCAAGCCGCUUCUGAUGUCAUGGUUGCUCACUCGAGCAUGUACCUCGCAUCUCAACCGCAUAAGCGUAUCAAGCUCGUUGACCAUUCCGGUCUCGGCCGCGGCGACUUCGCUGUCCUAAAACUGGCUGGCAAUGAUGAUGGCCAUGUCUUGAGAGUUGACCAGGGAAGUGGAAGGAUGCUUAAUUGUUCCGUGGCCAAGGGCAGGGUGGAUGUCUUCUUGGUUGUCAGGGGUAGAGGCCAGGCGCAGGAGGAAAUGACGUUUACUGCUGGCGAAGACACGCAGUGGGUGGUCAAGGAGGGAUGGGCAUGUGAAGUGACCAAGUUUCAGGGAGAGGCGGAAGAGGCGAAGAAGAAGUGCACCGAGGCUAAUGCCGCGUUCUAUGUCUUGGAGUGUCUGAAGAGGUGGAUCAUUGUACGGAGGUGGGCGUUCCGUGCCGGCCGUCAGGGCAAACUCCCCCCUCCUCGGCCACGAAAAUUUCAGACAUCGAAUCUUCUUUUUGCGGAAGUCGUGACUUUCAAUUUUUCUCCCCGGUCCCGGCACAAAAUGCCUCCUUCAGGUGCCGAUACGAGAAGAAAGCGGUCAAGAGAUGAAGGACCGGAAGAUGCUGCCCGACCUCACAAGAGGAGAUCGCAGGGCGCAUCUGCUGCGUUCUCGAACCCAGCCUCUGCCGAAGACUGCGAUCCUCCAGCGCUGACCACUCUCGCGGAUGGAUCGAGGAGGUACGACGAGUUCAAGGGUGAUAUAGGAGACGGCAUCAAUAGGAUUUUAUCCGGAGGCGGCGCCUUCUUCCCGACCAACUACAAGCUCGAUAUCAAAUACCCUUCUCCGUGGAUCUGUCCGCUCUCCAACUGUAGGGUUUCUUUUGACCAGUGCAGUAAUCUUGGGCGCCACUUCUCGAAAGCUCAUCGCGGCUGGAAGCUCUACGAUGAAGAAGAGCGCGGUUUCUUUCACCACCAAGGCAUCAGAACUAAGCCAGACAAGGACGGCAAGCUUCGCCCGAUUGUUGUCGGCAGAGGAUUUCGCGCUCCAGAAAGACAAGAUGAUCGACAAGCCCCGGACGCUUCUGCAGCUGACACCGCAACCGCCGCUCCCGCGUUUACUACUGCUCGGGCCAUCCAUUCUUCUGCUUCAGCACCCAUCACUCGCGCCCAAGCAGCCCGAUCAGCAUCCCGCAAGGUCAUAGACAUCAGUAGCGAUGACGAGGGUGUCAAACCAGCCGCCAAAGAUACUUCAGUGCGGAACACUGUCUCACAUGCCUCGGUACAACGGGAGCAGGCAAGAGGGGAGACCAAGAGUGCUGGCACUACCAACCGAAUACGAAGAAACUACCGUGGCGUCAUGUUUGAAGUGAGCAAUCCCCAGGAGCUGGGCGGUGCGCAGCAUCAUAGAAAACUCUUUGCAAGUUGGGAGCAGGAAGCCGGUGCGCAGCGCCGUAAGAAAAUUUCCUCUAAGACUGGCCGAGAAGUCGACAAGCGCCAGCCGAGGGACGCCUCUUCCGACGCCAGCCAGAAAGUUGAUACACAGCAUCUCGAAGACACUUCAUCUACAUCCAGCAGUGAAGAUGACGACGAUUCUGACCCCUUCGACUUUGAACCCUCCGACCUGCCUGCUCCCCGCAAUAACGACACACAGCAGCUGGAAAAAGGUACCGAUACUGCACCGAUCAUCGUUGCCGAGUCUAAGCAACCGUUCGAUCCCAGCAAGUCAGCAAUCUGGCAGUAUCUCAUGACGCUUACCAAGACCGAUAUGCCGGUUCCUGAUGAUUCGGCCAUCACUGAGCUCCUUGCACUCCCAAGGCGCCGCAAUCUUCCAAGAACAUGGCAAGGACGACUAUCCAAAUUUAAGCCACCGCACUGGGUGAACACGGUUCCCGAUGAGAAACAUAAGGCGGCACUGGAUCCAGCGUGCAAGGAGGCUAUGCGGAAUACCUCUACCGAGAAGUCUGCUGGCACCGAAUCAAGCACGAAUACCUCAUUCAACACGCCGAGUACUGCCACAUCAACAAGCAACACUGGCAAUAAUGCCGUGCAGCCAUCGCCAUCGCAAGCCUCGCUACCUGCAUGCCCUCCUAUGCAACCUGCGACCAUGGCUCGUGUUACAACCACUCCCCGGGAUCCGGCACAACAAUCAACUUCACGAUCCUCAACCUCGCAGGCGCAUUCCGCGCAACGGCUGGUGAUCGGGGGGAAUAUGUCCGGAGUAGGAAGGUCUUCUGUUAAUCCCAUUGUAGAAGCGAACCAGCGGCUUGGUGAUGUGAGGGAAAAAACAAAGGGGACCAAGACGAAACGAGAGGCUACGCGCCAAAAAGAGAACCUUGAUGGGGAAGAACAACAUUCAUCUACUAGACAGGCCCAAGUUACUCCAGUAUCUUCUGCGGCAGCUUCUCUGUCCAACCUCACGGUGCAGGAUACAUCCACAGCUCCUUCCAGAUCUCCGCAGCAAAGUGGGCUAGAAAAGUCGCAGAAGACGACCGUUCUCAACCUUGCCAAUGGUUCCACACAACCCAUUGGCUUCAAGGGUAACGAGUCUCAGCUCCUCCAGGCAUCGAAAAGACAAACCCUAGAGUGUACGGUCUGGGCAGGUAGCGUAUGGAUGAAGAUGGUUGGAGAUGAUGGCGUGUCUAUCACGCGGAGAGUGGACGCGGGGGGUACUUGGACAAUCGGCACGGACAGUCACUGUUUAAUCACCAACUUCUUCCCAGCAGCCCAAGAGACUGCUGUGGUUAAUGUCAAGUCUAAGUCCGCGUUGACAAGCAUCAAAUGA